AUGCGUAUACCAGAAGUUUGGUUUCAAAAUCGUCGUGCAAAGUUCAGGAAACAAGAACGUCUAGCGCAACAGAAAGUCAGCAGCAACGGAUCAACGGGCGACCAAACCAAACAACACUCACAGCAACAUCAGCAGCAGCAACAAAAUUCACAGCAACAGCAGCAGAAUUCGCAGCAACAGCAAACAUCCGUCAAAACAGAAAUUAAAUCUUCGAGCGGCGGGGCUGGUGUUGGCGCCAGUCAUCUGGGUGGUCACCUGCCAGGAUCCGUAGGGUCUGGUUCGGGUUCCAUCAAGGAUGUGAAACCCGGGUCACCAGGCUCUGGGCUUUCGACGACUCCGAAUUCUAAUACGAGUGCGUCCAGCCUGCAGAGCAACGGCGAUGUCAAACCCGUUAAUGGUAAACUUCUGCACGAUCUGUCCUCAAACAACAAUAAAUGGAACAACAGUUCGCAAUGCAAUUCGCUGCUGCAGCAGCAGGCGAAUAAGCUGAUACUACCGCACCAUCAACACGGUCUGAACAGCAUCACGAACCUCAAUAAUCUGAACAAUCUGAACAAUUUGAAUAGUCUGAACAGCCUGAACAAUCUGAACCAUCACCACGGAUCUCAUUCGCAUUCUCACCACGCGGCUGUGGCGGCGCUGAGCUCUCCUUUCAGUUCCCUUCUCGGUGCAGGAAGCGGAGGAGGCGGCUAUCUCCUGGACCCUCUGUCAGGGGUAUCAGGACUCAAUAAACCUACUGCGACGGCUAAUCAUCUUUUCUAG